UUUUAAAAGGACACGACUUAAAUGCCCACUACUACUGCUAGGAAUAAAGGGUUCUUAUCCCAUAUGCUCUAUCUAGGGGAGAUAGGAAAGCUGAGAAUGAAAUACAAUAACGAAGAGUAUCCUCCACCUCAGAAUGAAGAAGAUAUUGACAAUAAGUCUGAUGAAGGCAAAAGAUUUGAACUAAUCGAUACUACAAUCUCUGAUGCCAGUCUUGAUAUUGCAGAGAUGUUGGUUUCAAAAACGAAAUAUGAAGACAAGAGAAUGCUGGAAAACGAUGAUAUCCAACAUUUUGACUACCAGAAAAGACAGAUCGAAAAAGAUUUGCUGAUCAGGAGCUUUAUUACCACUCUACUGAAGAAGACUAACCAGUUUACUCAUCUGAAGAACGAUGAAAUAUCGAUUGAUUACGCAGAGAGGUUGAUCAAAGAAGCUGGGUCAAAGAAGCAAUCCUUCGGAGACCUCUCAAUCUUAUUCGUGGUGCAUGAGAAGGCAGACAUCUUGGGAAUCAGAGCCCGUAUCAAUGAAUAUUUUCUACGAAAGCUAGGAUGUGAUACGCAGGAGUACUAUUCAGACAGGUAUGACUUCCAGAAAGAUGCUAGAAACAUCACAAUAAUAUACCCGAAGAUAUGCUUGAUGUACUUGAGAAAUACUAGGUUUUCCCUUUCUGAUAUUGACUUCUUGAUCUUCUACCCGAGCAGAUCUAAGCUUGGUGAAAACAAUCAAUUCGAAGUCAUCAUAAAUGAAUUCUACAUGCCUGAAGUCGUGGCAGGAUCUAAGAAAAUGCCAAAGCUCAUGAUUUAUGAGCCCCAAUUAGAAAAGGGAAAAGGAGGCCGCGAAGGAAUCAAAUUUGUAUUUGAUUUAAUGAACAUGAAUACACGAUGGGAACUAUCUAUCCAAGCUAAAUUUUGGUCUGAACUAUUCACUCAUGCAUUGCACAUAUUGGAAGUUCAAAUUGACCAAUUCCAGAAAGAAAAAUCACAAAAAGCAAAGAACAACUCUCUUAUCAAGAAAUAUGGGGAGCAGUUGAAGAUCUUUAAACCCGCAAUGCUGGCUCCAUUCCCUGACUACAAUGGUGUAUGUUACAGACAAUUCUGGACAGCCUUUGUUGGAAUCAAAGACAUAUGAGAAGUGCAAACUUCCCCAGUGGCUGAUUACGGAAGUAUCAGACAAGGAAUCUCAGAAACCCUUGCUAGUGUGCUAUUGGAUCCCCAUAUUCUUGAGCAAGUUUAUGGGAUUGACACUGAAAUUAAUGCUUUGAACCACAAGCCCAUUGAGAGUGGGAUAGCACCGGAUAGCUAUAAACUUCCAAAGAAAGAACUUUGGCAGCAGAUACUUGCCAGUUCUCAGUAUCUUAUUGACCAAACGACUCCACCUGUAUUCCAAUUCAUGUUCUUGUUCAAUAAAUCGAUCUCUAUUUAUGGAAGCCAAGUCUACGAAGCUUUAGGCUUAAAUGGACUCCUUGAUUACACAACAAAAGUCAUAGAGAGACUCUAUUCUGUUUAUGAAGAGAGGGUAAAUCAAGGCUAUAGAUCUAACCUAAGGUACUAUGAUGGACGACAAGACCAAUAUGAUUUUUAUCAGUUAGGAUUACUCCAAAGGUUAAGAGACUUGUAUAUCAGCAUUGUCAUGAGAUUCAGAGAGUCCUCAAUUCAAAGGAAAAUACCUAUGCAUUCUGAUAAAGUUAGGCUGAUCUGAGAAGAGCUAAAGAAUGACAUUGAGAAGGAUGAUAUUAAAACCCUUAUAUUGACUGAGUCUUCAACAGUCGGAAUUAUUCUUGGUAAGAUCCUUAAUGAAGAGCUCAAAUCAAAAAUGAAGAAGAAGCAAAUAAGUGCUAAAUUUUAUUACAUCUCAAGGCUUAAUGACUCAGCUUGUCAUAGUCAGUUUGAGUCUGAUCCAAAAAUACCCUUUGAAUAUGAAGGAUUCUUCAAGCCAGAGCAAAUGAGUCUUGGAAUUGACCAUAACUUCAGAAGAGAUGGAACUACUUUUGACCUUUGUCUUUAUGAAUGUUGCCUAAAAGAUAUUUGCAACGAAACUCUGCUGACUAAUCAGAAAGAUGGGUUUCCCCAAAAUCCGCUUCAGGAGGGAGAAAAGACAUUGCUGAUUUCAAACUCAAUCUACAGUGGGUUCAUUCAUACAGACACCAAGAUAUUGAUACUCGAUCCUGCAAAGUUUAGCAAUAUAGUGUUCAUGCCUCAGAUUCUUAAGACUAAUGUUGAUGUCUCUUUUGUUCAUGACCAAAAAUCCGACCUGAAGAGAAAGAUAUCCAGGCUUGAUAGGAUCAUGAAGAAAACAUAUUAUGGCACAACCUACUCUGAAUCGCAAAUUUCAUCGAAAGAAGAAGUCAAGGAGAAGAAAGAACAGGCUAUUAAAAAUAGCGCAGAAAAAAUAUGGGUAUACAAGAAAGAAAACAACCGAUAUGUCUCAGUCCAGUGGACUGAGAUAGGAAAAGUAUUUGAAAAUAUGAUACUGAAUUACCUCACUCAAAACUACGAAAAAGCUGAUUUUGACAUUAAGCACAUCUCUUCCCCAUCCGAUCAUACCCACAGAAUGAAAGCUACCGUGAGUCUGGAUGGAGAACUUAUCUCAGUCGAGAGAGAUGUACAGAAAAACAUGGUUCUUAGAGACUUGAUUCCUAACUUGAUCCAUGAGCUUAAUGUAUAUAAGAUAAAUGGAAAGAAUAAAAUUCUAAAUAACCUCUCAGUGAUUCCUACAAGUUAUUUUGUCCAUCAGACAAGCAACAUGGCUGAUACUAAGAUCAACAAGGAUAAGACUAAUAACAAUGACCAAGUGAAGGACUUUGGAGGAUUAGUUCUACCUCAGAUAACAUAUGAGUUCUUAAUGAAUGUUCAACACAGGCAAUAUCAUGAUGGAGAAUAUUUAAUCUAUCACCAAAUCAAGGACCCGAAGGGUGUCUUACAUGAGAGUAAAGACAAGGCUGAGAUAAAUCAUGGGAUUCUUUACACUACCGAUAUCUGGCUAGACAAGAAAUAUACAAAGAAGGAGAGUACUGAUGAGGUUGAAACAGGAGAGAACAAUACAGAAGUGUGGUCUAUAGCUGCCAUGAAUGAUUUCAGUCCUGAAGCAAAGUCGACUAUGUACAAAACUGUGAUGGUAAAGAAAACAUCCCAAAAGAGAUUGGUCAAUCUCUACCACUUGGAGUUCUAUAGCUUGUUCAUGUAUUUCAAAGCUCUAGAUGCAGUCGGACUAUUCUACUUCUAUUUUCUAACAGACGCAAUUCUGUGUGCCAAGAUGCUAGUCUUUGAGAAUGAGCUUAUCUUUGAAAGAAAACAACUAGAAGAAGAGAUAAAGAAAUGGAAAGAAGAAAUUAAAACACUUGAAGAGGAAAAUCCUGAAGCAAAAGAUAUUUGCAAAGAAAUAGAUGAUGACAUUCAGGCAAAUGAGGAACUGCUUAUUGAUAUCGAGAUUAUCACAAAGUUCAAAAGCUUUUAUAACAAAUUAAGGGAGAAACUGAAUGGGGAUAAAAUUUCCAAUGUGCUCAACGAUUUUAUCUGCUUGUCAGCCACAGAAUUCAUUGAUGUCAAUGGGGCCAAGCCCUUAAUUGUACCUCAAAAGGAAGGAUUUAUCAAUAGGGAUGUCAUACAGAAAUUCUAUAACUUAUUUAUUAGCAAAAUUGAAGCUUGCUGGGACAACCCGUAUGAACUAUUAAAGCUAACACUGAUUCAUGAAAGAGAUCCAUUGGGAGGUUUUGAACAGUCUCUAUAUCAAGGCUAUCACUAUACUUUCCCUCUCUAUGUCAAAUUCUGUGAGAAAUGUUAUUAUAUUGACUUUGUCACAAUAUUUUUAAAGAAUAUCUGUGAGGUCAAACAAGUCCAGCAUGAAGUAGAGAAAAGACAGAGUAAUAGAAGAAAAUGAUACAAGGCUGUCACCUACGAACUAGAUAUUGAUCAUGAGAAGCUUAAGCCUCCUGUAUACUUCAGGAAAAGAGAGAAAUACCAAGAUAGAGCUUUCAAUUUCGACCCAAGCAUAGGUGAAGCCUUGAAAGCAAUGCAUUUCGAACAUCUUAUUGAUAACAUUGAGGAAUCGCUCACUCCAGAGAAGAUUGAUAAAUACAUAAAUAAUAACUACCUUGAGUUUUUGGGUGAUGGAGUUAUCUCUGUACUGCUUGCUUGGGAUCUGAUCAUGAAACAGAUGUACAAAAAUAACAACAACCAAAAUGAUAUUGAUACCGAACGAAUCCAAAACUCGAGCUCUAGAAAGCUGAUAGAGUUAUGCAAGGAUGCUGAAAUAUACAAUAAAAAUUUUGCAAAUGAUCAGAAAGAAGAGGAUUAUGAUGAUUUAUUCAAUUUUCCAUUAAAUUAUUGCUAUUUGCAUGACUAUAUAGUGAGACCUGGCUAUAAGUUAUUCAAUUUCUUCUGUGCCCCACUACUCUCUUUCAGAUACGGUUCUCAGUUAUACACCUUUGAGAACGUUGAAAAUGCUAAGGAGAUAAUAUCUGGUCUCGAAAACAAGGCUGAGGCCUACAGAAAAGAGCACAAGGAGGCACAAGAGGAUAAGGAAAAAGAAGACUUUAUAGACUGAGUAAGCAAAAUGAACUACAAAGAAGAUUACAAAGAACUCAUCGAAGAACUUUAUAAGGAAAUAAAUGAAAAAGACGAUUUGAAGUUACCAACCCCUGAAAAGAAGAGGAAAAUUUUAGAAAGAAACUCCAAGAACUUGUAUAAACUAAUCAAGCAUAAUGAGCUAGCGACUUGCUUUAAAGCAUUUAUAGGCGCUCUUUAUAACUGUUGCGGGCUACAGACAGCCAGCAAGUUCUUGAACGUGGUUGGGCUCACCAAGUACAUCUCCAGAGUAUUUAAGAACGAAUGGGACAAAGAAGAAAUCUUCAAUGAUAAAGAGAGAUUUCAAGAGAUCAAAGAGGAAUUUAGCGAAAUCACGAUAGAAGAAGACCAGAAGACUGUUGAUAGCUGGACUAACAAGAUUGAAGAGCUCACUGGAUACAAAUUUGUCAAUGAAAAAAUUCUUGUAGUGGCACUUACGCAUAAAACACAGAGUUUUAAGACUAAAAGUGCUCUUAAUAAUGACUAUAACACAAUGGAGUUCCUUGGAGAUAGCAUCCUUAAGUUUUUCAACUGUAAGAGAAUCAUUCGGAAAAGGGAUGAUUAUCUGAAGAUGAAGGAAGUGAACUUCACUCCGAUCCAAAGAUUGAAGUUUAUUAAAACCCACGCUGAGAAAAAUGCUCUUUUUGCUUUCAUGUGUGUAGAUUCAGGUAUUCAUACAAUGAUCAGACACAAAACAGAGAACCAGGAUAAGAUUGAUGGCUUCGAGCAAAUUUUAAAGGAAAAAGGCAAAGAUAUUACAAUUGAAGAUACUGAUCCCUACUUCAUAAAGAUGCUUGCAGAUAUUAUUGAGUCUAUAAUAGGCGCUAUCUUCAUUGACUCAGGGUCUAUCUCCAGAACCGAGAAGGCAUGGGAGAUAUUCUUUGAAGACUAUCUGAGAAGGUAUGCUGAUAACCCACCUCCUCCACCAAAAAGAGCAUUUGCAAAAUAUUGUGACAAGUAUGAUUACUUGCGAGACUUCAAAGAUGCUAGUCUAAUCACUACAAACUUGAGCAGAGAACAACUAAAGCAAACUUACCCAGACUAUGACGGAAACACAGUUGUGAUAAUGUACAGAUUGAUUUACAAGGACAAGCCAGUCUUCAUCAGAUAUUAUGAUAAUUCUGUAAAGAAUAAAGACAGGAAAUUCUACACUGAGUUGAAAGAGAUUUUCCAUCAAAACUUAGUACCGAUAUGUAACAAAACUCUUGUCCCAAUUCUUGAAGACAAAGAGUUACUCUUCAGUGAAUCAAAGAAAUCCUUUGGAAGAAGGAACAACCAAUACAAGAACUUAAAUGACAUGAGCGAUCAUGAUCUGAACGGUAGAAAAUACACCAACCGUUUGAAGAGUGUCCUGAAGAGCAAAAAUAAGUUCAUAUUUGAAGAAAUCAAGGCAAAAUCAGGUGAUGAAUCGGAGGAGGAAGUAAUCGAUACCUCUAGCAAGAAGAAUACAUCAUCAAUCUCAAAUACUGAGAGGAAGGCCAUUAUGAUUCACCACUUCGACCAAUGGUUCUUUGAGUAUUAUAUUAGCUAUUUUUCAUCGACCUUCAGCCAAAUUUUAAUAAAUCCAAGAUUGCAUUCUGGCAUUGAUAGCUCUGAUCCAUGUUUGAGCUCGAAUAUGAAUGAUAAGGUGGCCUAGAAAUCAAGUUCAGAAAUAUAGUUGUAACAAAAAUAAUCUUUUUUUUAAGAAACAAUACUAGAACCUUCA